CAGUGGUGGUCGUUUGGUUGUUGUAUUGUUGUGUAUAGUAUAUACAUAGUAUAUAAAUAUUAAAAUAAUUUUAUAUAUUAUUUAACUUUAACGCUUGUGUCUCAUCUGUUACGCUUUCAUUUAUUCGUUCCAAACAAAGCUUAUACUUCAUUAAGGCACGCAAUUAUAAUCCAAAAGAAACGAAGACUGAUCGGCGUUCAGCUAGAAUCCCAUUAGCAAUAUCUCUAUAGCCUAAGUACUGAAGCGUAUCGCGUUCUCAAUUCAAUAAGUAAACCUCGUACAAAGCACCCACCGAGCACUGAACAUCGACCGAUUAUAGAGCGUCUUUUAGCGCCGGAGCGAGAGCAAGAAAUUAAUAUAAUGCUGAACAGCCUUGCAACCUAUCUAUUUGGAUCGCAACCGAAAUCGGAAUCAACGAGUAGCGAGGCUGACCCUGAACCCAAGGCCAACGGCAUUAAGGAGUGCACCAUUCAAGCAGGCGACGAUGUAAUCGAGGUGACGUCCUUGACGCCUUCCGUGGCGAGCACCCGGGGCUCAGGGCAGGUGAACUCCAAGCCGGGCAAGAAGAGUCGGCGCGGCAAGCAGCCGAAGCAGCAAUCGAAGCAAUCGAAACGGCCAACCAAUUGUGCGGACGAGGACAUUGACGACGAUUGGUGCAUUAUAGACAACGAGGAGGACCAGGAGGGUGAGAAGGAAAAUGCAUUGUUGCCACGCAACGAAACCGAAGAAGAACUCACUGUGGUCGAGGCUCCGACCAAGCCAACCGCCGCCUUAGCCGCCCCCAUUGCCCGCCGCCUGCACCACAAAGCUUCGCAUAGCCUCUAUUCGGGACCGAGGCCACAACAACAGCGCAACUAUUUGCAGCGCAUCCGUUCUACUCUCCCGCUAAGCGGCCCCGCUCUGGGCCCCGCCCGCACUGGUCCUCAGCGCUCAGCGGAGAAUGACGUGACUCAGUCCCUCUUUGCACCCGCGCCCCUGCUGGCGGUCGCAGCCGCACCAUGUGAGGACGAUGCCAACGGCCAGGAUGUUCCGGCUGUUGGUGCUUUAGUGAUGGAGGAGUCCUGGUACGUAACACCGCCACCAUGCUUCACCUCGAUUGGGCCAAUCAAUAUGGAAGCAUCACCAUUUGAGAAUCUAUUGAUUGAGCAUCCAAGCAUGUCCGUCUAUCAUAGUAUUAGGUCCAGCCAGGCAGGUAUCGAUAAUAGUGCAAGUCUUGAUCUCAGGGAACUGCAGGCAUCGCAGUUCAUUCAACAAGAGGAGCCGACACAGACACAGCUCGUGCCAGCUGCCCCGAUUUUGGCGGAGAGACGCAAUCAAAGCGCCCGCCAUGAUCGCCAGGCGGCGGCCGAGCUCAAGCAACAAGUUCUGGCUCGUCAAAGCCAGAAGAGCAACAAAAAGGAUCAGCAUCAGCAAUUGUGCCGUAGUGCUCUUAGUCGUACUAACAAGGUGCGCGAUCCGAAAGCCAAUCGUCAUCGUCGCUCUGAUAUGCAGCAUUUCAAGGUGAUUAGCGGCGCCAACAACAACCGCAAGUGCUGCUUCUAAAGGUUACUGAACUAAUACCCAAUAAUCGCAAUAAUCAGCAACAACAACAACAGCAGCAACAACAACAACAGCGACAACAAUUGAGAGCAGUUUCUCAUGAAUUUUGAUUAAUUUAAGCAAUGCGCGAGUAUUAGUCUAUAUGCACAUCUACAUGUAUAUUUAAAAACGGCAAACGAAAUUACAAAUAAGAUCACACAAUCAAAUUACAAAUGCAAAUGUAAAUAUAAAUAAGCUUUGAACAUCAAUCAGAAGAAAAAAAUAAAAUGAAAUAAAAAAGAAGUAUGAAAUUAA